AUGAAGAUCAUAUACUGGAAUAUCAUAGGCUUAAGAAGAACAAAAGCCGCUGAUAAAAUAAGAAGUUUAGUUAAUUCCUUUGGUCCUUCAUUAUUUUGGUUAGCUGAACCAAAAAUCAGUGUGAGAAAAGAUAUUAUUAAAAAGUUGAGAUUAUCUGGAAUGAAGCAUUUAGUUAUUCAUAAUUCUUCGGAAAGUGGUAAAGGAAAUAUUUGGUUACUUUGGAGUUCUUCAAUAUCUGAUCCAAUUUUAAUAUCAAAUACUAAACAAGAAAUAACAGUGGAGGUAGGUGGUUCUUUAAUUACUGGUGUUCAUGUUGCUUCUCUUGCAGUAGAUAUAAGAUUUUUGUGGGACAAGAUGCUGGAAAUUAACAAUCAAGACAAACCUUGGUUGGUCAUUGGAGAUUUUAAUGAUGUCUUGAGCAUAGAGGAAAAGAAAGGAGGUAGAAGUCAAUUAAAAAUAGCAAUGUUGGAAUGCAAUAAUUGUAUUCAAAGUUGUGGACUUAUUCAAGCCCCCAAAUCUGGAUUGGAGUUUUCUUGGUGCAAUAAUAGAGCUGGAGAUAAAAGAAAUGUAUGUAAUUUAGAUAGAGCCUUCUACAAUGUUAAAUGGUUGGAGUUACAUCCUAGUUGGGGCUAUAAGUUUAGUGUAAGAGGGAUAUCUGAUCAUGGUGUUCUUUAUGGAGCUAAUGCCUCGAUCCCUAAGCUAUUAAAUGUGUCAUUCAGAGCUUUUAAAGUUUGGUUGGAGCAUGAAGGUUUUUUUAAUUUGGUGAAAGAAUGUUGGAAAAAUCAGGUAAAUGGCAAUCCUAUUUUUAUUUUCCUUCAUAAACUGAAAGGGUUGAAAAAGGUGAUAAUUGACUGGAAUUGGAAUGUGUUUGGGGAUAUUAAAAAGAAACUCAAAAAAUAUGAGGAUGCAGUUUUGAAAGCUUCUUUGGAGUCAGGUAGAAAACCUGAAGACAUUGCAUUGUUGAAUAAAUUGGUAACAGCUAGAGGAGAACAAGAAAUCUUAAAUCACCAAAAUAAUGAAAUGGUGAGGAAAAAAUCAAGAGUUAAAUGGAUGAAAGAAGGGGCUUCACAUUCUAAGUUUUUCCAUGUAAACAUGAGAAUCAGACAAACUCAAAACUCAAUUGUUGAGCUAGAAAACAGUGAAGGCUCUCUCAUUACUAGUCAGCAAGGGAUUUCUAACAUUUUGGUAUCUUAUUUUGAAGAGAAAUUUAAAUAUCAGGAGACUCAUAUUGUGGAAAAUAUCUUUAGUGUUGUUCCUCAAGAAGUUUUUUUUUUGAUCGCUGAAGAAAUAAAGAAAGCAGUUUUUGACAUGGACCCUGAUAGUGCUCCUGGUCCAGAUGGUUUUACAGAUGGGCAUGGACUGUAA